CCCGUCCUCGUCGCGGAGCCCGCAACAUUUUACCCUCUGCAGCCGUCGGAAGUAGCGUCAAUUGCACUGCUUUCCCCUCUGCGAUUCGAAUUCGAAAGUUCCGGCUUCUGACUGUCUCUUCUCGCGGACGCUAGGCUUCCUCGACAUGACCUGUGAAAUCACCCAGCCAGGCACCGCUUCCCUCUCCGCCUCACACAGAUGAAUCUCCGCUCACAUAAGCCACCGAAUAAUCCGCGGCAGGGCCGCAAAUAAUAUCCCACCUGCCAUAUGGGGGAGCUAUCCCCGCCACCAAUUCGGCGAGUAGAUCACAUCAAUGCGAUUAUGAAGAUCGCGUGCGACCGUUUCUAUGCGCACCACGACAUAACACGUACCUUCGCUGCAAACUCUCCGCCAACGACGCAUGCCCUCCCUAACUCCGUGCCAUCGGACGACUGGCGCCCCCGCUCUCCAAGCGAGCACGCUCCGGUCACCGGCCCCAUUGUCCCACCCGCGCGCGAGCGUUUGCGGACAGCUAUCUCUGUGAUUCCGGGCCUCGAGGUCGUGCUCGUAGAGGAGAGAGCCAACAAGGCUGGCACGCCUCUGUCUGUUAUACGCCUGCAGCCCCUUCGAUCGCCGCGCACUCGUGCGAUAGGAACGUUCCACGCAUCGCGGGCGCACCACGAAGCGCAUAUGGGCGGCGGCGGCACAAUGGCGCAAUGGGCAGGAAGGCUUCCUUCGAGUGGAUCCAAAGUGACCUCAUUGAUCCCAGGGAGCGGAGAUGCGGCCCAGGAAGAUGAUCUCGGGCGGGAGGAAAAACAAAGUAAGGGCACUAUCACCGAUCAAUGUGAACAUAUUGACUGUCUCAUUGAACCACCCUGGUACCAUACCAUAUUUUCUACACCGACAGUAAUGCUAGCGGCCGCCACCGAUACAUGUGUCAUUGAGUGUACUAGUACUUGUCAGGGACCUACCGAUGCGAUGGCUCCCGGCCUGCUGUAUUCAAACGACACCGAGCCUCGAGGCAACCCUUGCCAUUCUAGCGCCCACACGCCGCGCGCAAUUCCAUCAUUUACACCGUCCUGCGGCAGGGCGCGGCAUGACCGCAUGGGGAAGCAUACACGCCGAACAGCCCGGCGCUUCGCGAGUCGCUAUCCUCGGAGGCCGGUAUGUGGUCGGAAGACGCAAGUUCUGGCAGUGCCCUGCAAUGAUGAGCAUGAGUUCGUGGCGCCAAGGAAGGAGCACGACGAACCUUGGGGCGCGGCACCUCUCUGCCAGAUAACGUCCAUCAGCCUCACGCCCCUUCCCCCUAGCGCGGAGCACGUACGCAAAGUCGUCUUCCAGCUCAGCGAAGCGGCGAUUCUCCCGCUCGCCCGCUGCGCACGAAUCAAGCACGGCGCGUGGCGCGCAGUCAUCGGCAGAAUUCCAUGA